AUGGCCAAACCUCUUCCCUGGUCCUCUUCGCACGCCCACUCCCAACCCAGCCGUCGCAAGCAGGAUCAAAAGCAGGAUCAACCAGCAGCUGACCCUUCCAAGAACCGCAACUCUGUUCGCUUCAGCACCUACAGCAUGGCUCCCUCGUUCGCUCCCACCGUCCAGACCACCGAUUCGGCCCACGCCGAGAUCCGCGACAUCGCCACUGGCCUCGACCGCAUGGAGAACAAGGCCCUCACCUCGCAGCGCGUCGUCCUCACCGACGAAAAGACCGACACCAUGAGCAAGCUCGCCCUGGGCGCCAAGCUCGAGCGCGCCCUCGACAGGAGGAUGGUCGGCCAGGACGCCGUCAUGCGACCUCGCGGUCAGAGCCUCAACGAGAAGCUCAGCGAGAAGGCUGAGUAA